AUGAAAUUAUCGUUUUCUAUCAUUACUGCAUUAGUCGCUGUUGCUUCUUCUGCUAUUGCUGCUCCAAUUGACCCGGAAAAGGCUACAGGAUCAAUUAACUUUGUCGUAGAUUACACUAUCUCGGAAUUUCCAGAGAUUUCAAACACCGAUGUUGCUGAAUUAACCAACGGUGAAGCUAUCUCGUUGGAAUACAGUGUCACCAACAACGAAGAUAAGGAGAUCUCCGUUGUUGGUGUUGGUGGUUCUUUCCGUGACCCAGCCAAUGGAAAUAUUAAAACAAACUUAACAGCUGCUGCUGUGGGUCCAGUCUUGGUCGCUGCUGGUGAAAAGGCUAGCUUUAUCCAAAAGAUCGACUUGAACUUGGUUGCAGACAACUAUUUGUUGACACCUCAAAUUUUUGUUGCUGUCGAAGAAGAUUUAAAGUUCAUCCAGGCUAGAGGACAAUUGGCUACCGUGAAUGAUUUACCAAUCUCAUUAUUCAACCCUCAAUUAUUGUUUUUGGAAGCUGUUUUAUUGGCUACCAUUGGUGGUAUCCUUUACUUCGUCUAUGAUAUUUGGGGCAAGAGAUAUAUCGAAGGAACUGCACCAAUCGCUAAGUCUAAGAAAGCAUCAUCCCCGAGUCCUGUUUCUGUUGCCACCGGUAAGGCCUACAAUUCUGAAUGGAUUCCAGAAGCUCAUUUGAAGCAGAAAAAGUCGAAAAAGGCAUACUAG